AUACUAACACUAUUCAAACUACGAUCACACUUAUGACUUGACACAAAAUAGAUUUUCUGUACCGUAAUACGUGUUGAUACGUGUGCGCCCAUGUUAGUUAAAAUAGCUGUAGUUAAUAGUGAGCUGAUCCAGCGAUAACGUGACAGGCAAAUAAUGUGAGUACUUGGAAAUAUUACCGUUCGUGUUUUAUUUUCGUUUUGUCUGAAACAGGAAGUAGCGGCGGGCGCUUUCGACAGGCUACUAGCUAACGGCUAACGCUCCCAGACGGGACUUUCCACACCGCCUGACUAAUUCAUUUUCUCACGGUACUGUGAAGGCCUGAAAAGGGACUCGUGUUACUUUUCUUCUUAAUUGACAUUUUUCAAUAGGGAUCUUGUUCUUGCAUCAUGGAGGCCUAAACGCCCUUACAGGAGAUGCCCUGAGGGAUGGGAGGUGUUUGAGACGUCGUGUGUGCUUGCUAAUGUGUUGUUGUUUUUAACUUAGAUUUUAUGUUUAAUUUGGAUGUGAUGCAGCACGGUGACGCGGUGGUUAGCACCUCAGCCUCGCAGUCUGGAGAUCCAAGUUGGAAUGUCAUCUCUCGCACCCUAAAAGUCAGCUGGGAUAGCCUCCAGCUCACUCGUGACCCUAAUGUGGGCAAAUGGGAUAGAAAAUAGAUGGAUGCUGCAGUUGUACAAGAUGAUUAAUUAUGAUCCAGGCUGAUUUUGAAUGUAGCACUUACUUACGCUGUGUCAUCAACACGAUGAUCUUGCCCUUUCCGUUUCUGUUUUACUGUCUUCUAAACUGCUUUCUGUGUGAGUGUGUGUGUGUGUGAGAGAGAGAGUGCCGUCUCAAACAUCUCCCCUCCCUGAGGGGCAUCUCCUCCUCCUCCCCGAAACAAAUGGAGACUCUUGUUCAACUGAAAAACAACCAGUUUCUGAUGGGCCUGUGUCGUAACGGCCCCCCGCCGGACCUGCAGUACGACAACUCUUCAGAGCUUUUCCGCAUCUCCACCUUUGCUCGCUUCCCGACGUCCGGCGUGACAGAGCGCAGCCUGGCCCGAGCCGGCUGGUUCUACACGGGCGUGGGCGACCGCGUGCAGUGUUUCCGCUGCAACGUGACGGCCGAGGGCUGGCUGGCCGGCGACUGUCCCAUCGAGAAACACCGGCAGCUGUCGCCUUCCUGCUCCUUCGUCCAGAGCCUCCCAUCCACCGCCAACCUGCUCUCCUCCUCCCACUCCGCCUUCUCCCCCCUCCGCAUCGGACCCGCCAUACCACUUCCUGGUCCAGGCCCAGCUCCUCCCAACCCUGCAGGAGCAGGUCAAGGGGAGGAGCCAGCGGGUUAUCUGAACAUGGGUUUCUCAGCCCCGCCCCCCUCCAGCCCGCUGAGCUCGCGUGGCGUGGAGGACAUGUCCCACCAGAGGCCGACGUGCCACAUCCCUGCCAUGCGGCGUGAGCAGGACCGCCUAGACUCCUUCCAGGGUUGGUCGCUGACCAUCAUCACCCCCGCCGAGCUCGCCAAGGCCGGCUUCUACUACCUGGGCUACGGCGACCACGUGGGCUGCUUCAGCUGUGGAGGACAGCUGAGUAACUGGGAGCCGGGCGACCGCGCCGCAUCCGAGCACCAGAGGCACUACCCCAACUGCCGCUUCGUGCGAGGCGACCGUGCCGACAACGUGUCUUUGGCGGCGGCGACCCUCAACAACGUUUCCAACGCCGCCAUGCAGCAGAGCGAAGAGCGGCUGCUCACCUUCGUCAACUGGCCCACUCGCAUCCCCGUCAGGCCAGAACAGCUGGCCAAAGCCGGCUUCUACUACGUGGGUCGCAAUGACGACGUCAAGUGCUUCUGCUGUGACGGAGGACUGCGGUGCUGGGAGUCUGGAGAUGAUCCCUGGGUGGAACAUGCUAAAUGGUUCCCGAGGUGUGAGUAUUUGCUCCAGGAGAAAGGUCAGGAGUUUGUCCACCAGAUUCAGGCCCGUUUCCCUCGGCUGUUUGAGCAGCUUUUAACAAAUGGUGACAGCAACUCCCGAGAGUUUGUGGACCCACCUGUGGUGCACCUCGGCCCCGGCGACGAGCGCUCGGAGGACGCUGUCAUGAUGAGCACACCCGUCAUCAAGUCGGCUCUGGAGAUGGGCUUUGAGCGCAGCCUGGUCAAGCAGACGGUCCAGAGCAAGAUCCUGACCAGCGGCGAGAACUACAGGACUGUGCAGGAGCUGGUCUCGGACCUGCUGAGCGCCGAGGACCAGAAGAGGGAGGAGGAGCGAGAGAUGCUUGCUGAGGCCAUGGCGUCAGAUGGUUUCACCUUUGUGAAAAGACACCAGGUUGCUCUGGUCCAGCGUCUGAAGAGCGUUGAACCAGUGUUGGAACAUCUACGAGAACAAAAUGUGUUGACUGCAGAGGAGUACAGUGGUCUGCAGGCACAGACGUCAGCACAGCAGCAGACCGCCAGGCUCAUCGAGCUCGUCCUCACCAAAGGCAAUGCAGCAGCCGAGGUCUUCCGCAACUGGAUCCAGAAGAAUGAUGUCCACCUGCUCAGAGACCUGAUGGCUCAGUCAAAUGAAGCAGCAUCCCCCAGUCAAGAUCUGUCAGGGCUUCCCAUGGAAGAGCAGCUGCGGCGCCUGCAGGAGGAGCGCACGUGCAAGGUGUGCAUGGACAAGGAAGUCAACAUCGUCUUCAUCCCCUGUGGACACCUGGUGGUGUGCAAGGAGUGUGCACCCUCCCUACGCAAGUGUCCCAUCUGCAGGGGUCUGGUGAAGGGCACCGUCCGAACCUUCCUGUCCUAAACAGAACCACCACCGUGUUCUAACACGAGUGUUGAUGAAUGUAAUCAAUAGGACGCCUUCACGCUUUUUCAUUACUAAAACCUUUGCAUUUCACCGUUGUGUAUGACAUCGCUUUAAAGGUGUUGUGAUGCUGAAAAUCUCAGUCAAACCUUUAUUGGUUUUGACAGCAGAAACAAUAAAAGAUAAUCACAUCAGCCUGUUAAGUG